GUUGUGGUGUGGGUGAACCAUUACAGUGACGGCAGAGCUCACAUGACCUUCCCUGGUCCCGUGACCAAACAAACCAUCGCCCGCCACCCACGAACACUCCUCCUCCAUGGACAUGAUAGAGACCACCCUCGACAGCAGUGGGGACAAGGAUUGUGACUGUGAGGACGAGAAGGUUGGACUUGCUCAGCGACUUGGCCUUGAGGACGAGAAAGUUGCACUUGCUCAGCGACUGGGCAUUGUGGACGAGAAGGUUGCACUAGCUCAACGACUGGGCAUAGAUGAAGGUGGUGUGAGGGAUUCUUCACUUGCUCUUGCUCCUGGCUUUACUCUUCGUCCUGAGUCAGAGCACUCAGGUACACUGGCUUACAGAGUAGUGCAGUUUUCCCCAGACGGGGCUGUUGAUGGUAUACAACAGGGAGGAGUACAGGCUUCUGUUCCCAGCCUCCUGGCGACUAAUGCUCAACCAAACGGCUCACCCAGUGAUUCUCCAGAAACCAGGUUGGCACUCAUAACCUCCAGUGACGUGCCCUCAGAUGGUGGUAGCACUGUUGUGGUUUCUGGAGGUCAGUUUUAUGUAAUAAGUGACGUUCUCACUAACACUACACCAAGAAAUCUUGCUCCUCGAACCAGUGAAAGUGUCAUGAGCCCGAGGUUUGGAGGUUCCACUCGUGAGGAGAAGCGUCGGGUUACACACAAUGAGGUAGAGCGCAGAAGACGAGACAAAAUCAACACCUGGAUAUGUCGUCUGGCCAAGAUUAUCCCCGACUGUCCUGAAGCCCACUCAAAGAGCUCACAGAGUAAAGGUGGAAUCUUAGCAAAAGCCUGUGAUUAUAUCUCGGAACUAAGAAUCCACAAUGAACAGCUGACUGAGAGAAUGAAGGAAACUCAGCGACGAGAGAUGGAUUUUGAGUUGCUCAAACAAGAAGUUGAAGUGCUGAAAAAUGAGAAUGCUGCUUUGAAAAAUGAAAAUGCUCUUGUUCGUGCCCAAAUGCAACAGCAAGGACUCCUCGGGGAUUUGCCACCAUAAUUUUUUCGCCUUCAUCAUUGAACUUCAUGGCCAUAAUCUCAUUCUCUGGUUGAUAAGCUGCGGUCAUGGGAGGUUCUUUGCAUAUUGUGAUAUUCAGAUAAUAAUGAAAGAAUUUUUAGUUAAAUUAAAUUCAUAUGUUGGGCCUUGGUGUGUAUAAAGGGCUUGGAUUGGAAAAUGUGAUGGUGAAAUUAUAUGGAAUCCACUCAGCUGUUUCUUUCAUGAUGUUUCCGGAUGAUAACUGAUUAAUGACAACAUUUCCUAGUGUUCAGGUAGUAUUUAUUAUAUAAUUCCUUUCAGAACAUAUGCCUGGCAAGGAAUACACCUCAGUAACCCUGAAUUAGGAAUAAAUGAUGUCAUUUAAUUUCAUAUAAAAAGGGCUAAGAAGGUUAAUUGGAAAUAUCCAUAUAAUGGAGUUUGGGUGUGGAAAAAAUUAAAUUUGAAAGGGCAUAAUGGUAAGUCAUUUUAUAUAUAUAUACUGUAUCAGUAAUUAUAGAAUGAAUGUUAAAACUUCGUAUCUCUUUGGUUGUUGUUCUUAAAAGUUUAUUCUAGUAGAAUUUGUUAGCCUUUGAAUUUAAAAAGGCCUAUAUGAUUUUUUUUAAAUACUACCUAAAAUUUUAAAGUCUGGAUGAUAUUUCAAAGAAUAAAUAAGAAAAACAAAAUUUAAUCUUAUUUAUGAACUUGGAUUAUGAGAAUCAGUACUUUAACUAUACACAGAGUAAAAUGUAUAUAUACAGUACUGUACUUUUGAAUUCUUCAUACAAUUGUGGGUCAAUAAACACUGCCUAUUUGCCAGAAAAAAUUCAUAUUAAUUAAACAGAUUUAUCCUUCAUUCUUGCAAGUUCUUCCACACUAUGGCAGAAGUUGCUCAGAAUCAAUAAUAACAUACUCUUCAUUUUGUGACAUCCAUUCUUCCUUGCUGCCUUACCAGAUGUUUUCUCCAUGAAAAUGAUACUUGCUGACAGUUUUGUGUGAGUCAACAAGUUUAGACACCAUGUUAAUUAAAUUGUUAUAUGCCAGUUAUUGUGAUAUGCUGUUUGAAAGUCCAAAGUCUCUCUCUCUCUCUCUCUCUCCCUCCAAUUGUUUUUCUUCACUUAAAAGGUAAUCCUGUUAGGUACUGUAUUACUGUAUUUUCAUUCAAUGGUUUUGCUAACCUUAAAAUCAUCACUACCACUUCAGUCUUUUGUGCAAAGGAUUGUCAGGUCUGAUAAGUUCUAGUACUAGUUUAUCAUAGAUCAGUAAUACCAAAUUAUUUUAAAGUUUCUUAUAAAUAUGGUACUGUACUGUACUUUACUUGGUGUGCCAUUUUCUUUACCAAAGACUAAAACCUUGGUACAUGUAUACCUCACCCACACUAGUUAUACCUCGGUUUUGUUUUUUGGUAAAGAAGGAGUUAGUGUUCUGAUUGACCUGCUAAGUUUAAGAGCAUCUGAUGGAGACAUGGCAGUGCAUAUUUCUAUAUAACAAUGGGCUAAUAAAAAACUUCAUGAUACUUAAAGUAUUGUGAAGAAGGAAUCAAGGAUUCUUGCUGUAACUGCAAAGUUGUGAAUAGUUACUGCUUUACAAGCAGUUGAAUUUUUAAUUGCAAUUUAUGUUCAGAUAUUUUCUUUUAUAAGCCUACUACAUCAGCUUAGUCAUGGAAGACUAAAACCAGAUGUGUGGAAAGAGUUGGAGGUACAUGUACUGUACUACAUGAAAUGUGAGCCUGAUAAGAUAUGUGACUCAGGUGGGGUCACUUCUUUUUAUUCAACAGUUGUUAUCAACGAGUCCAGCAGAUUGAGGAUCUCUUAAUAAACAUGAUGAUAUGCAA